UACACACAACAAAUCAAAGCAAUUAUAGCCUCACGAUCAGACUCACUUAUUUAGAUCUAACUGUUAACAUAACAACUAACCUCGUCAACAGUACGUUUAGCAAUUUUGAGGUGCGGACGAAAACUCUGCCAUGAGCGAGCGGACGUUAAAAAAAAGGCUCGCUGGGCAACCACGUAAUCCCACCCUCAAUUAACGCUAACUUCCUAUCUAAUCUCACCCGAGCGAGCGGGACGGGGGGCAUGCCCGGCGGGUAGUCCGCCUCAGAAGUCCACGCCACAGGGAGCGCAGGAUAACCACAGUCGCCGUUGCCAUGGCUGGCAAGAGCAUCGAGGCUGCUUCCUCUCCGUUCAGGACGCUGGUCUGGCGUCGGGCCGGAACAAGGUGUCGUUCUUUCUGUGCCGCGCGCCGUCCGUUCUUGGCGCGAGAGGGCUACGCCGCCGUCGCAGUUGGCCGUGUUGACGGAGACAACGAGGGCGCCGCCAAGUCCAUGCGCCGCCUCGGCCCCAGUAGCUUGGAGUCUAAAGGGAUCGUGCCGUUCCAUGGUGCAGACCCUGCGCCGUCGUCCUUGGCCGCGCGGGGCUGCAGAUCGCACCGACGGCCAGAGGCGACCACCCGUGCGGCUGCGUUCAAAGGCGUUGUGCACAGGGAGAUGGCCAGCCUCCCAGAGAGGAAGACACCGAUCAGAAUCGACAUGAUUUUCUUACCACGGUGUAAUCUUGAGCACGCAAAGGCGCUGUGCACAGGAGAUGGCUGGCCUCCCGGAGAGGAUGACACUGAUUCUUAAUAUGGAACCAAUAGAUGAUGGAUGGCCAUUUUUUGCAACAUCUGACUGAGGAAUAAUGGUACAAUUGAUAAGACAAGGGCUGGACUUCCCUCCGCAACAAUCUUCUUUGCUCAAGUAAUUCAAGGUAUGUUUCAUUGACUUCCUGAACAUGACACAACACCAUGCUAUUAAUUUGUAUAUAUCUGAUCCUCAUGGCACAGUCCUAUUUUUCAUGAAUAAUUCAGUCAUAUAUUGAUGCAUAUAUACUGUGACUGGGCAACUGCACGUUCAACAUUCCAAUAGGCCAAUUUAUGGAAACCUGGCAAUUUCAGAUGUCUAUGAUCAUCAUUAUGUAGAUGUGCGUUGCACGUGCACACUUACUAGUGAAAAAAAAGAGUCAAACCAACCACGACUGGAAGGAGGACACGGACGAGAGUCGAUUAAGCCGGCCACGACACGGAAAGCGGACGUGGAUUCGAUCCUCCGCCAGAGUCGCCGCAUCGCCUCCACGCCUGUUUACUGAGCCGCCAUGGGAGUUGAUUUCUUGCGACCUGAUUCAACCCGUCACCGCGGCUCGCUCCGCUAGCCCUCUCCGUCGGAUGCGCCGCUCUGCUGGCCCUGAGUCACCGCCACUGAACCGGGCGCCUCCCUCGUUCCAACCUCGUCGAAGCCGGCCGCGCCAUCGCUUUCGCCAACCCGCCACGGCCUCCCAUCACCUUUGGGCCGGUCGCCGCCAUCGCGCCCUCGUCGUUCGAACCGCCGGUCGCCGAGCCACUGAGCCGCCCCGGCGCGAGCAGCCCGUCGUCCGCUGAGUCGCCCAGCGCCGUGAGCCGCCCGGUCACCCUCCGGGCUGUCCCGUGUUCCAAACCGCCGUUGUGCUCGUCCUGCUUCAAGUUUGACCCGCCGCCUGCGAGCGUUGCUUCUGCCACGCCUUACUGCGUCUCUGUUGACCUCUCCUUGCUCGACCGUCGUUGUCGCGCGCCGUCGGGCUGCCUAAAACUGCUGCCAUGGUUGC